AUGGAGGCCCCAGCAAGCAGCGGGACAAGGACCUGGAGGUGGCUCACCCUGGGCUCCAGCAUCCUGUUGCUCCUGUGUGUUUCUGGGCUCAGCCAACCGGCCACGGAGAAGAUUAUUAAAGGCAAGGAGUGUGCCCGUCACUCACAGCCUUGGCAAGUAGGGCUGUUUGAGGGUACCAGUCUGCGUUGUGGGGGGGUCCUCACUGGCCGCAGAUGGGUCCUCACAGCUGCUCACUGCAGUGGCAGCAGGUACUGGGUGCGCCUGGGGGAGCACAGUCUUAGCCGUCUGGACUGGACGGAGCAGAUCCGACGCAGCGGCUUCUCCGUGACCCACCCCGGCUACCAGAGAGCCAGGCACAGCCAUGACAAUGACCUCCGGCUCCUGCGACUGGGCACACCCGUCCGCUUGACCCGCAGCGUCCAGCUCCUGCCCCUGCCCACCACCUGUGCAGCAGCUGGCACCAAGUGCCACAUCUCAGGCUGGGGCAUCACCAAUCAGCCAGGGAAACCAUUCCCGGACCUGCUCCAAUGCCUCAAUGUCUCCAUCGUUUCCAGUGCUGCCUGCCAGGCUCUGUUCCCCGGGAAAAUCACGGACAACAUGGUGUGUGCCAGCGGCGCUGAUGGGGCGGAUGCCUGCCAGGGUGACUCUGGAGGACCCCUGGUGUGUGGAGGAGUCCUUCAAGGUCUGGUGUCCUGGGGAACUGUGGAGCCUUGUGGGCAAAAAGGCAUCCCAGGAGUCUACACCAACAUUUGCAAAUAUGUGGACUGGAUCCGGAUGGUCAUGAGGAACAACUAGCCUGCUCCCUCCACCUCCACCCCUCAGGUUGGGUGGUACACUGAGUGAGCCUCAGAGCACCAACACCGCCCCCCGUUAUCACUCUGGCUCCCAUCCUUCUUGCUCUGGGGAUUUUCUUCCCAGAACUCCAACUCCAGCCAGCCCUUUUAAGACCCAUGGUUGGGGGAGAAAGGAAUGAGUGACUACCUGGAAUAAAUAUAAC